AUGGGCGAGACUAACAAGUUAGCUCAGACUUAGCCAAUUCAAAAUAAUUAAGUUUGGAAUGUUAAGCAUAAAUUCAUUUUGGUUAAGCCAGAAAACUCAAGGGAAUCUACACCUUUCAGUUACACUCAUAGAAGAAAUAAUAGAGACUAAAACCUAAUAGGCAAUUAACACAGAAAGAUGAAAUCUACAGGGUCUCAAAUACAGUUUAUCAAACCAGGGUUCAAUUUGAAAAAUCUAAUGAGGGAGGAAACUCUAUAAAGCUAAAGAGCAUCCUCUGAUAUGAAUAAUUUGUUAAGUCCUAAAACUCUUUAAGUUGCAUAAUCAUCUUUAUAACAAAGUUAAUUGACGACAAGGCCUCAAACUGAGCAAUUCAAAAUAAAUCAUCCAAGGACAUCCAGAGCACAUACUCGCUCAUCAAUGGAUAAAAAAGAAACAAUGUCUGUGCUUACUCCUCAUGCUAAUGAAAAAUUUGUGUAGUUUAUAAACUUACCAUAAAAACCUCAAACUGCUAGGAAGCUCUUAAACCAACAUAGAUCCAGUUAAUUGAUUGAUUUUGAUGAAAAUGGAGAUGAGAUUAGAAUUGAACUUCCGGAUAGAAUAAAAGAAGACUUAAUUGACAAGGAAAAGGUACAGACUAGAUUAUUAAUUGAGUAGUUUAAGCAGAGUGAGAAUCAAGAAUAGUUUAUUGAUAAAUAUCUCGACUUUCAAAGAUAGAUUGAGCGAAAGAAGAGAUUCAAGCUUUUAUAAAAUUAACAUCAGUAUGGUAAAAUAAUUGACAGUGAAAACCUAUAUCAAGAUAUAAUCUAAACUAAAUAGCAAGAGAAAGACUUAAAAAAGAAAGAUAAAUUUCAUGAAUCCAAAGGUUCAAAGAAAGAGAAUGCAGAAUAGACUGACGCAAAGUAAUCUCAGGUAACUCUAGAUAAUAAUAGGAAAUUCAAAAUGAAAGAGCAUGGAAUGAAAUAUCGUUCAUUGUCAACUGAUGAAAAAUUAUUUGAAGCACCUCUGCUAUUAUUCAAAUCCUAAUUAGUCCCCAAAACCUAAGACUAAAUAGCAGAUGAUUUAACAAUUGAAUCUUUCAGAAUUAAAAAUCUCAUGAAAAACUAGCUAGAAUAAAAGAAAAAAAUGGUCAUGACCUUACACAUCGAUCAUGAUCAUGUUAGAGAUUUCUAAGCAAUGGUCCAAAAGGUAAUGCUAGAGCGCAGGGAGAAGUUCUACUCUUAAAUUAGAUAAAUAGAAGAGAAGAAAGAUCCUCUGUUAUUACCAAAUUUUUUGUAUGCUAUUAAACACAACAAGCUACAAGCAGUUUUCAACUACCUAAAGAAUGAUCCAGCAUUAGCUUAUGUCGCAGAUAUGAGUUAAAGGACAGGGUUGCAUUGGGCAGCUAAAAGAAAUUAUUGCGAGAUUAUUUCUCUAUUAGUUAGGUUUGGAGCUGAUCUUAACGCUAGAGAUGCUGAAGGACGAACCCCAAUUUACAUGGCUGCAAAAUACGAUCAUCAUGAAGCAGUGAAAAUUCUUUUGGGCUUAAAUGCUGAUCCAUUUAUAAAGUGCAUGAAAAAAUUAAGACCAGAAGAUGUAACUGAAGAGGAUGCACUUAAGAUAGCUUUGAAAAAAAGUAAGAUGUUUUAAAUCACAGCAAAUUGGACUUCUAAAUAAAAACGCUAAGUCCACUUUAUGAAUCAAGGAAUGGAAUAUCUUAACAGGCAGAGGGAUGAGAUAAUGGAAGACCAGGCCAAGAAUAGUUUUCAUAGGAAAAUGAGUAUGUUUAAAAAUGGUUAGACUGGCUCCGCAGAUAUUUCAUAGGAUAUUAUUUAAGGUACCCCAGUGCUAAAACAAUCUGAGCCUGAAUCACCUAAAUUUGGCAAUAAAGUAUUAAAGAAUUUUCUCCAUAGGAGGAAUACCCUAAAACGGCAAGCAACUCAAAUGACCAUCGAAUAAUUUGCCUCUUGA